UUUUUAAAGCAUUUGACACGUAAUAUUGCCCGCUUGCGUUUCACGGAGUGGCGGGGAUGGAUAUACGACUCAGUGAGUGUGUCGUGUAGAAAGCAGGGCAGCUCCCGAGUGGGCUUUUCGUGGCCAAAAUGAGCGACGUAGUGGAGAAAACGCUGAUAGCUCUGCCGAGCCUCCUGUCUUUAGACUCUCAACCGGGGGCUGCGAAACUGUCUUCCACCUCGAAACUUGGAAACCUCAUCAGAGGGAUCACAGAGCUAACGUCCAAGCAUGAGGAGGAGAAACUGAUUCAACAAGAACUGACUGCAAUUAAAGAGCAAGCUUCGUCCCCCAACACGUCCAUGAGGCAGAUGAAGGACCUCAUGGUGCGAGCCAUCUACUGUGAAAUGUUGGGGUAUGAGGCUUCCUUCUGCUACAUUCAUGCCAUCAAGUUGGCUCAACAAGGCACUGCAUUGGAGAAGAGAGUUGGUUACCUUGCUGUAUCCUUAUUUCUGAAUGAAAAUCAUGAGCUCCUCCUCCUCCUCGUGAAUACUGUUUUAAAGGAUCUCCAGAGCACAAACCUCAUUGAAGUGUGUAUGGCUCUAACGAUUGUCAGCCAGUUGUUUCCCAAAGAUAUGAUACCUGCGGUCCUCCCUCUAGUGGAAGAGAAGCUCACUCACCCAAAAGAAAUCAUUCGACGAAAAGCAGUUUUGGCACUGUACAAAUUUUACCUGAUCGCACCCAAUCAAGUUCAACACAUCCAUAACAAGUUUCGCAAAGCUUUGUGUGACAAGGAUCCAGGUGUUAUGACAGCCUCACUGCACAUCUACUUGCAGAUGAUCAAGGAGAACCCAGAAGGUUAUAAGGAUUUGACAGGCAGCUUUGUCUCCAUAUUGAAGCAGGUGGUGGGUGGAAAAUUGCCAAUGGAUUAUAACUAUCAUAGUGUUCCUGCUCCCUGGCUUCAAAUCCAGCUUCUUAGGAUUCUGUCCUUACUUGGGAAAAGUGAGCAGAGUACAAGUGGGAUUAUGUACGAAGUCCUCGAUGAGUCCUUACGAAGAGCUGAGAUGAACCAUAACAUCACUUAUGCAAUAUUGUACGAGUGUGUAAAAUGUAUUUACACAAUUCAUCCAAAAGGUGAACUCCUGGAAAAAGCUGCAAAAUGUAUUGGCAACUUUAUUCUGUCGCCAAAGAUUAACCUGAAAUAUAUAGGCUUGAAAGCACUCACCUACGUGGUCCAGCAGGAUCCUAAACUGGCCCUGCAGCAUCAGAUGACUAUCAUAGAAUGCCUUGAUCAUCCUGACCUCAUCAUCAAACGUGAGACACUGGAGUUGCUCUUUAGGAUCACAAACGCCAAGAAUGUCACAGUCAUUGUGGAGAAAAUGCUGGAGUUCCUGCGCACCAGUAAAGAUGACUACAUGACCAUUGACCUGGUGGGGAAGGUGGCAGAGGUGGCUGAAAAAUAUGCACCUGACAACAAGUGGUUAAUCGACACAAUGAACACGGUGUUCUCACUCGGUGGAGACUUGAUGCAGCCUGACAUCCCAAACAACUUCCUCAAACUGAUCUCAGAGGGUUUUGAGGGCGGGGAACAAGACAGGAUGUUGCGCCUUCUUGCAGUGGAUUCCUAUGUGUCUCUGCUACAAGGAGAGCCUAGUAAGCUGCCUCAGCGCUUCCUCCAAGUCAUCAGCUGGGUCCUUGGCGAAUAUUCUCACAUGAGAGAAGGUCUAGAACCAGCCACCGUUGUGAGACUUAUGGCCAAGCUUUUGGACUUGAAGCAGGCCAGUAGUGAAACCAAGAGCUGGGUCCUCUUGGCAAUGACGAAGCUGUGCGAGGGCGAAGCAGGUAUGUCUGUGCUUCAGGGGAUUUCUGAAAUGUAUAGCAGCUCCAUGGACACAGUGCUGAGACAAAGGGCCCAGGAACUGCAGAACCUCCACUUGAAUCCUAUGUUGCGGGCCAAGGUGCUACCUCGAGAUGCCUACAUGGAGCCUCUGGAGGUCGACUCCUCUCUGUCGUUUUUGGAUGAGUAUGUGUCCGAAGCGCUGGCUGCUGGUGCUGCUCCUUACAAGUCUCCUCAUCAACGUCAUGAAGUGCUUGCUCAGGCAAAAGCUUUAAGCCUGGAACCCUACGGCCUGUCGCUACCUAUCAGUAUGUCCUCGUGCAGUUUAGACGACAGACAGUCUCCCACCUUGCCCUCAUUGAGUUCAGGUCUGUCGGGUGACAGUGCCGACCCCUCGCACAAAGUAAGUACUACGUCUCUAAAGCUGGAUAAAGUGAAACGAGUAUGGGGGAGAGAGGGCUACCUCGUCCAGAAGGAGUCUGCAGAAGAACCUGCCAAGGUUGAAGUUCCCAGUCCGGUCCAUUCGAAAGGCCAGAUUGGCGAGAUCAUCUCGCAGAACCAGACCCCACUGCCAGCCGCAGAUCAAGAAAAACAGCAGCUAGCAUCUUCACUGUUUGUUGGCCUGGGCUCCCAAACAACUUUGCCCCUGAUGGGAAAAUCUGAGGCAAAACCACAGAGGGUCAGGCGAAAGGCUAAAGAUCAGGUCUUGUCCACAGAAGUCCCCAAGCAAACAUCCAACUCUAUCAUCAUUGCUCCAAACAGCGUCGAUAACCUGCUGUGUAACAUCCCGCUGGACUCCAACAUGGGCCCAGAAGCCUCACCUAAGCAGAUGACUGAAAGUUCCAAGGGCUCCGCUCCUGCAAACGGUACCUGCGACGCAGAGGGCAAGCUAACUGAGUGUGAUGUGCAGAGACUUGAGCCCAGUCUCAUCAGGGACAAUGGUUUAAUCGCCGCUGUUGAGACAGAAGAACCAGUCGAAAUGAAAGACUUGCUUCUCACCUCUCACCUCCCUGCUGACUGCAUCGGAGCGACUCACUCCGAAAUCACUCCUCUGUGUUCCAGCCACAGCGUGGCUCUCUCGGCCUGCCAUGCGCAUAAAGACGACUGUUUGGUGCUGGUUGUUUUGAUUUCCAACUCCUCCACCUCUGAUGUGCAAGAGUUACUUGUGCAGUUGGCUUCAGAAGAUGUUGAGGUGUCCAGUAUCUCCGAGAUUCCAGUAGAGGAGGUGAGGUGCUGCCACGUAGAAGUGUGUCAGUACUCCCUGACUGUGAAGAGGCCUUCAGUUCAUCUUCAAGUGUCCGGCCUGGUUUCUUUCAACAUGCCUGAUAGGACUCGUCAAACAACCCACUUCUCAUACAAACUGCCGCUUUCCUCCUUCAUCAGGCCUUUGGUGCUGUCUACAGAAGAGUACGGCACAAUGUGGCUGGCCUUCUCACACGAUACAAAGCAGAACCUGACGCUCGUUGCGAAUGUCCAGGAUCCUCUGAGAGCGACACUGGAAGUGCUGGAGAGGAAACUUCACCUUCAUGUGGUGGCCAUCAUCGGGAUGGAAGGUAUUGUAGCUUGCCAGGUCCUCCGGAAUCAGCCGUGUUUGAUGCACUGCCGGGUGCACGGCGGCACGCUGGCCGUGUGGUUGCGCUCUCCGAUCCCAGACCUACCCGACUGCCUGCUCUACUACUGUCAGAGAGCAUUACAGGAACUUUGAACACUGUCACUACUGAGCUGCAUAAGCUCUGCACUAUAGGAAAACUGCAUAGAACCGAAAGGGAGCAUCUAAUGGCUGGUGUCUGCAUGAUAAUGAUUAUCACAUCCACCUUAAACUUGGUGGACAUAACAUUAGGUACUCUUACACAUAUACAGUAAUGAGAAUUUUCAUUUCUGAUAUAAUUAUUGAGAUACGCAUUGUGUUCAAUUAAUAUCGCAAUCAAAACAAAUGCAGAUCUUGUGUUGUAUGUCGCGAUUGUGCAGGUGUACCUAAUGGCCAACAACUGUACAUUACUAGUUAAAUAUGAUUUCAUUGAAUUUAAUUUCUUAUAUUUGAAAAUCUUUUAAGUUGUUGUAAAGUUGAUCACUUGCGUAAGAGCUGGAACCAAAUCAUUGAACCAUCAGUAUAACACACAUCUUAAAAUGAUGAAUGCAUCAAUGCUGAAUACUUGAAAAGGAACGAAACCACUUGCUUGUAUUGCUUUACAGAAAAUGCAUGAGUAUUGUCGGGUACCAAAUUAUUGAAAUGAACUGUGCACGUCUUAAAAUGUGUUGCAGAAUUCGAAGGAAAAUACAACACUGUUCAGUUAAUUAAAUUCAGGAUUUCACUACUGAGGUUGAAAAGCCAGGACACUGAUUUAAAUGAAGCUGACAUAUUUUGUCUAAAAAGUAAUGCUGAUGACUUUCUAUCACGUCCAUUGUCAUGUUUUGUUUAAAUGUUUGCACUCCGCUUUCUGGUUGUCCUUUGGGUGAGAGGUGGACAAGAACAAUUAUUAUAUUUUUGUAUUCAUGCAGUAUUGAAUAAGCAUAUUUAUUGGAUUUAUAUUCACAAGGAAAGUGUUUUAUAUUAGUUUAAUUUGAAUGAAAAGAAACAGCUUGCUGUUAAUUUGCACUGUGCCAGAUUAGGUGUCAGCUGUUUUAAUUUAGUACAACCCCAAUUCCAAUUAAAUUGGGACGUUGUGUUAAACAUUAACAGAAAACAAUGAUUUGCAAAUCAUGUUCAACCUUUAUUUAAUUGAAUACACUACAAACACAAGAUGUUUAAUGUUCAAACUGAUAAACUUUUUUGUUUUAGCAAAUAAUCAUUAACUUAGAAUUUUAUGGCUGCAACACGUUCCUAAAAAGCUGGGAGAGAUGGGGAAAAAAAAAAAAAAAAAUGAAAUACUGAGCUGGGCCCGAGCUCAUCUAAGAUGGACUGAUGCAAAGUGGAAAAGUGUUCUGUGGUCCGACGAGUCCACAUUUCAAAUUGUUUUUGGAAAUUGUGGACUUCGUGUCCUCUGGGCCAAAGAGGAAAAGAACCAUCCGGACUGUUAUGGACGCAACGUUCAAAAGCCAGCAUCUGUGAUGGUAUGGAGCUGUGUUAGUGCCCAUGGCAUGGGUAACUUACACAUCUGUGAAGGCACCAUUCAUGCUGACAGGUACAUACAGGUUUUGGAGCAAUAUAUGCUGCCAUCCAAGCAACGUCUUUUUCAUGGAUGCCCCUGCUUAUUUCAGCAAGACAGUGCCAAACCACAUUCUGCCCGUGUUGCAACAGCGUGGCUUCGUAGUAAAAGAGUGCGGGUACUCGACUGGCCUGCCUGCAGUCCAGACCUGUUUCCCAUUGAAAAUGUGUGGCGCAUUAUGAAGCGUAAAAUACGACAACAGAGACCCCGGACUGUUGCACAGCUGAAGCCUUACAUCAAGCAAGAAUGGGAAAGAAUUCGACUUACAAAGCUUCAACAAUUAGUGUCCUUAGUUCCCAAAUGUUUAUUGAAUAUUGUUAAAAGAAAAGGUGAUGUAACACAGUAGUAAACAUGACCCUGACCCAGCUUUUUGGGAACGUGUUGCAGCCAUAAAAUUCUAAAUUAAUGAUUAUUUGCUAAAAACAAUCAGGUUUAUCUCUUUGAACAUGAAAUAUCUUUUCUUUGUAGUGUAUUCAAUUAAAUCUAGAUUGAACAUGAUUUGCAAAUCGUUGUUAAACAUAAAUAAAAACAGAAUACAACGACCCAACUUCAUUGGAAUUGGGGUUGUACAAACUGAGAGAAAAUCUUUUUUAUUUUGGUGAAACAUUAUUGUAUGUGUAAAGCAAAACUUAAACCCAAAGCCUUAUGUUCUAAAGCCAUGGUGGCAUGUUUCGUUUGUACCUGUGGUACAGAAGGAAGUAAUAGUUCAGAUUGCAGAGCGCCUGAUGCACAUAUACUAACUUCAAUAAAAUCAUCAAGCUCAACAUGAUUGUAACUCGUGGGUCAUUUCAUGGUCUGCAGUGGGAACGUGUAUAAGACAAAUGAAUAAAUUUAUGUUAAACAUUUUGUUUUCAGUUCACACAAAGGUUAAUAGCAAUGCCAGACAGGAAUGACAAAAACUAAAUGAACAAUAUCAAUUACAUGACAAUUCUGUUGUUCAUCUUGUGAAUGGUGAUUUUAUUUUAUUUUUUGUCACAAACUGUAUAUCAAAUGACAAUUGGGAUUAUUUCAAUUAUAUUGUGAUUACAAGAAAAAGUUAGUAUUAACCAUUUGAUGCAUGAAUUAUGAAAGCCUUGGUCAAAAUUUUUUCUAGCGUUUUAAUUCAUCCAAGGACAUGAAAAAAAAUAGUCAGAUUAUUAUUAAGAUAUAUAUAUAUAUAUAUAUAUUAUUUUUUUUCUUCAAAAAAUAAGAAUUUUUUCCUCAUAGUUAGAGACAUGUCCAAUCCAGUGGGUUACAGGAUCAAAGGAUCGCUAUGCACCAGAGGGUUAAACCAGUUGUGAUGUGUAAUGUGAUACAAUAUAUGAAACAAUAUAUUUACAGAAAUCCUAGAGGGUUUGUAUUCAGUGCUGCUUGAUUUUAAAUGAAUAUUUCCAAUACAGUGAUGCCUUGAGAUACAAGUUUAAUUCAUUCCGUGACCAUGCUGGUAACUCAAAACAAAUGUAUCUUUCCCCACUGAAAUGAAUGGAAAUGCCAUUAAUCUGUUCUAGUUCCACCCAACAAAAAAUGUUGAGUUCCACCCAACAAAAAAUGUUGUCAUGUUUUUUGAUAAGGAAAAUUGCAGUCCACCAUAUUGACUUUUAUAAAAAAAAAAAAAAACAUAUAGUCAUAGUAAAAGAAUAAAUAAAAUGUAAAGCAGUAAAAAGUUUGUGCGACAUGAUCAAUGCACUGCAGUUCCUCGAGUUGCAGUAUAAUACUAUCAUGCAGACACAAACGAGGAAGACUUUCGCAACUACUGACAGUGACUCGAUAACUGCAAAUAUAGUCAUUUUUCGCA